GAAGUGGGGUCUGUGAAUGAUGAGUGAGCUGAACGCUUCAGACUUUGACUAGAAUGAAUGUAUGUGUUUCCAGCAGUCAUUAAGUACUGCAAUGUGACUCGGACCAGUUGGGAUUUAACAAUGGAAUAUACAAAACAAAAAGCAGGACUAGAUGCCCCAUCAUGUUCUCCAUGAGUCUUUACAGGAGGCAUGGAAGAAGCGGUGGUUUGUUCUUCGCAGUGGCCGUCUGACAGGAGAUCCAGACGUGUUGGAGUACUACAAGAAUGACCACGCUAAGAAGCCCAUCCGUGUUAUUGAUCUCAACUUGUGUGAGCAGGUGGACGCUGGGCUGACGUUCAACAAGAAGGACUUGGAGCACAGCUUCAUAUUCGACAUCAAGACCAUCGACCGUGUCUUCUACCUGGUGGCUGACACUGAAGAAGAGAUGAAUAAGUGGGUUCGCUGCAUCUGCGACAUCUGUGGCUUCAACCCCACUGAUGAAGAGGCAGCAAAAGCUGCUCACCAGUCAGCCAUCGGAGGCCUGGUGGUGGACACCCCCCCACACCCAGCUCUGGGUCACAUCCUCGGCCCAGCAGCAAUGCUGACCAGUGUACCCCCCCCAUACCAGCCAGUCAGCGUGCGACACCUUGACUCUCAGUCCAGCUCAGAGGAGCCCCAGGACUACCUGUGGCUGGUCAACUGUGAGAGCAAGAAGCCUGACCCCAACAGCUCAGUGCAGCUCCACCCUCCAUUGGAGGGAGACCCGGAGUAUUUGCUCCUGGAGAAUUGUGAGAGCAAGACUCUUCCCUCCCAGGCUAGACUAGCCCAUGCUGAGUGUUCCAAGUCUACCUCGUCAGAGACAGACCUGAACGACAACCUCCCCUCUCACCGCACGCCCACCUCCUCCACCUCCUCAUCGAAACACACCUCGCACAACGGCUUCUUCCCGCAGCACCCGGCCCCCGCCUCCGCCUCUUCUAUCUACGACUCGCCUCCAUCACGCGGUGCCUCGCUCUCCACCGACGGCGGCUUUUACCACCUCCCUCGCAGCUACUCCCAGGACACUGUGCUGCUCCCCAAGUCGGCCUCCUCCCCUCCGGCCCACCCAGACAGCAUUGAUGGCUCGGAGCUGUACGUCUUUAACACACCAACGCGGAAACCCUCCAUGGAGUCACAUCUGCGUAACCUUUCCAUCAGUUACGAUAUCCCGCCUACACCGGGCUCAAACUCUACCUACCAGGUGCCACGCACUUUGUCAAUGUCGACGGGGGUAGGAGGCUCAGAGGGUGGGGGAGAUGUAGUUCCCCCUCCCAGACCACCAAAGCCUUCGCUCAGUUCCACCUCAGGACCCCCACCCCCCCCUGCUGAGCGCUCACCUACGGACACCUAUUGUGUGCCUCGCUCAGCGUCAGAGACGGACGGAAACUACUGUGUGCCUACUAGUGCUGGGAAUAAGCCUUUACGCAGCAACACUAUUGGCACUGUGGACAGUUCACGCCUCCGCAAAGAAAUGGAGAAUAUCCCAGGCUCAUCAGAUGAUGUGUUUUACUUUGGUUCCCAGGAUUGCUAUGACAUUCCUCGAUCAUUCCCCACCGAGAAAAGCUGCUCAUUUGACUUCAACGAAAGCUUCAACAGCUACUUUAAAAACAAAGGGAUGAUGCCAGUGGGCAGCCAGUCCACAGAGGAGGUGGACCAGAACUAUGUCCCCAUGAGUGCCAACUCCCCGUCACACCAUCACUCCGGCAGUUUGUCGGAGCCCAUCCACGAAACCAACUAUGUGCCCAUGACCCCGAGCACCAUGGAGUUCUCCUCCCUGGGGAAGCAGGUCCCUCCGCCCGCCCACAUGGGCUUCCGCUCCAGUCCAAAGACCCCUCCUCGCAGGCCAAUGAUCAGUGACUGCCAGCCCCCGCCUGUGGACCGAAAUCUCAAACCUGACCGCAAAGGUCAGAGUCCUAAAAUAAUAAGAGCAAAAGGUGUUGUCUUAGAGCGAACCGACUCUCAAACCGUAGGUGAAUUCCCGAGAGGACGACGCAAGGGAAGACCCGCUCCUCUAGAGAUCAAACCUCUGCCAGAGUGGGAGGAGCCCUCCACGCCGAUCCGCUCGCCUGUCACACGAUCCUUUGCUCGGGAUCUCUCUAGGUUUCCAAUGCCAGCAGUGAGACCGCCGUCAGUGCAUAGUACGGCCUCCAGCACUGACUCCGAGGAAUGUGAUGAGACUUAUGUAGCCAUGGACUCUAAUAUGUCCACAGAUGAACCAAACAUGAAGCUUGUCGCCCCCAUGACUGUGGAUGGUGGGAGCAGCCCUAAGGUGAAGCCGAAGGGAGACAAACAGGUGGAGUACCUGGAUUUGGAUCUUGACCCCAGCAAGUCUACCCCACCUAGGAAGAUGAAAAGCAAUGGAACUGGAAUUGUAGUGUCGGAUGAGCGUGUUGACUACGUGGUUGUGGACCAGCAACGAACACAAGCCCUUAAGAGCACCCGGGAGGCCUGGAACGAUGGCCGCCAAUCCACAGAGACAGACACCCUUUCCAAGGGACCCAAGUGACCUUGUUGUCCCCCGAAUCACCCUCUGAACCCCAAAACCGUUGAGCCUUUUAAACUAGUGUAGGCUCCAGUUUGUGCUUUGGGAUGGUCCAGUUGUCACGUUCCACCUGAGCAAAAUCCUUAAUGUGGAGGGGCCAGUGGAGCUUCAUAGCCACUAAACUGUGUUUAGUUUACACUGCUGUCAGGCCUAGAACAGCACUGUGUGUACAGUUGUAGGAAGUGGUGUGAGCCAGGUAUAAGCUGUAUGCAGUAUGAAAGCAGGUGGAAUGACUGGGUUUGACUAAAGCAGACUCACAAACUUUGAACAUUCACUGCCUUCUUUAUUGGAUUCAAUUGAUUCUGUUGUACACCUUUCAAUGGCCGGUGGGAUGAUCCACAGUUAACAUUUCCUUAAAAUAUAAUGCUGUUUGAUGUUGUUUUGGAGUGUAAGUGAAAUCACUUGAUAACAUGAUCAAAAUACUUUAUCAAUGCAACACUACUUAGCAUAGCUGUUAACAGUGUUGAUUUUCAGUUUCUCCUGUUUGAGCAGAGUGAAGUUUCUAUGGUCACCGGUCCGUUAAAAAAAUUCCACCAGAAUAUGUUUGGAUGGCAGAAACUGAUCCCAAUCUGUGUCUAGGAAUACUUCAGGUGAUUCCCUAGAUAACCCAGUACGACAGAAUUUCAUAUUUGAAUUUUUUUCAAUGCAAAGGCAGUUGAACUUGAUCAUUUUACAUGUAACCAAGUGCUCAAUUUAAGCUUUGAAUUCAAGGUUUAAUCCACUGAACAUGAUUUGAUGUCCAUUUACUUUGUACAUGGAGAUGCUUCAAUCUCUUAUAAUGGAAGUGCAAAGACUGUACAAAAGUGUUAUGUAUAUAAACAUGAAAAGUGUCCUUUUAUUUGUAUGGAAUAUCCAGCGUGUUUGACUCGAAGGUAUGUGGAUUCUGCAGGGUAGAAUCCUGUGCCUGUCUUAGGUGGUAUCAGGACUUGUGAUUAAUGAAUGAAUUACUGUGAGUUUUUAAAAGAACGUGACAGGUUUUCUAUAAGUUAUGCAAAGGUAUCAAACUAAGGCUAGAGAGAGAGAAAAUCAGGUACUAAUAAUACAACUAUCCAUUUCUAAUUUAUUUCUCAAGGUAUUUCAUCAGGUGGAUGUCGUGUCCACUUUUAGAUCAGUAUUCUUGAUUCAUAUAGAGGAACAUUAGCUUACGUCUGUUAAAGUGCUUAGUUUGACAAGCGCCCAAUUAGUUCACAAGUUCAUUGAAAUUCCUCAUUUCUCUCUCUUCUUAGGUUUAAUUUAUUUAAAAUUAAACUGCAUACAGUUUUGGGAAAUUGACUGCCUCGUGUGGUCAACUUGAUACAUCUUUUAUAGACAGUGAAUAAAUCGUUAUGUCUGCAUAAAUCUGUGCUUUACUAACCUGUGAACUCUCACUCUGUCCCAAGCAUGUGCUACCACAAGAUAAAAUCAUUGCUGUACAUAUUUUUGCCAUCAAUUAGAUUACAUGUAUCAUUUGAAAAAUGUGCCUACUAAUUCAUCUUCAUUCUACUUCACUCUUUCCUUAUUGCAGUGUCUUUGUGAUACGGACUGCAAAGCUGAUGAUGCUUUAUCUUUUUUAAUGAAUCUCGACAGAAAAUGUAAAUUUUAAAAGUGGACUAAAUAAAAUCCAACCUCUUA